ACCAGAGAGAAAAAUGUCUGAUCAGAACGUCCACAAUGCUGGUUUCACUCCCUCCGGGAUCUCUGGAGGAUCUCUUGCUUCAUCAAUGAUGUCCCGAGAAGCAACAGCAUCUGGAGGAGGUGUGCCUUCUGGAGGACCCACUUCUACUCUCCAGCAAAUGGGGGCCAGAAGCACAACGCAUUCAUCAGGUUUUACUAGCAGUGGUAUCUCUGGUGGUUCCCAAGCCUCCUACAUGAUGUCCAAGGAGGCCAGUUCUCAUGGAGGUGGAACUCCAAGGGGUGGUACAACUUCCACUGUCCAGUCCAUCUCAAUGGGUGGAAAAGGAGGAAGACACUGA